AUGGCAUUAGAGGCCUGUAUAGGCGGAGAGUAUUGCUGUGGUCUUUCAGUUGAGAUGAAGAAUUAUCGUGGUAAUUUUUUCUUCAAGAUAUGUGCACUCCACCUUAUUAUAAAAUUUAUAAUAUUUAUUGUUUGGUUUGAGAAUGGCUUUCUCAUAUCUUGUGAAAAUACUUCUGGUAUUACAUCCCAGGAGAACGUAAAAGAUGGUCAUGGCCAUGGCAGAAUGAAUCAACCAAUUGAAUUAGUAGAAUCUUCUGUAAAUAUUAUCAGAAAAAAACUAAAGCAGAUGAAAGAAAGUGAAAGAAAAAUGAACGCUUAUGGGGGAUGCAAAGUAACUGACGAAGAAAGGAAGAAACUUGACCGUAAAUGA